ACCCACUGUCCAGCCUCCCACCGACUGCCGGCCUUGCCGGAGUCGGGUGGGUCGGCGGCUAUAAAGCUGGUGGUGGAGGGGAGGCACCGCGUACUGCCCUUUCGUGAUUCAGUCGUUUUUCACGGCCACCGCCCGGAGAUCACGUUUGGCGCCUGAAGGAGGAAACAGAGUGACAGACCUGGAGACUACAGGCCUUUAUCCCUCACACAGCUCCUUCACCAUGCCUGGGUCACUUCCUUUGAAUGCAGAAGCCUGCUGGCCAAAAGAUGUGGGAAUUGUCGCCCUUGAGAUCUAUUUUCCUUCUCAAUAUGUUGACCAAGCAGAGUUGGAAAAAUAUGAUGGUGUGGAUGCUGGAAAGUAUACUAUCGGCUUGGGCCAGGCCAGAAUGGGCUUCUGCACAGAUAGAGAAGAUAUCAACUCUCUUUGCAUGACUGUGGUUCAGAAUCUUAUGGAGAGACAUAGCCUUUCGUAUGACUGCAUUGGGCGUUUAGAAGUUGGAACGGAGACGAUCAUCGACAAAUCCAAGUCUGUGAAGACUAAUUUGAUGCAGCUGUUUGAGGAGUCUGGGAACACAGACAUAGAAGGAAUAGACACAACUAAUGCAUGCUAUGGAGGCACAGCUGCUGUCUUUAAUGCUGUUAACUGGAUUGAGUCCAGCUCUUGGGAUGGACGGUACGCCUUGGUGGUGGCAGGAGAUAUUGCUGUAUAUGCCACAGGAAAUGCUAGACCUACAGGGGGAGUUGGAGCUGUCGCUCUGCUCAUUGGGCCAAAUGCUCCUUUAAUUUUUGACCGAGGACUUCGUGGGACACAUAUGCAACACGCCUAUGACUUUUACAAGCCUGAUAUGCUUUCUGAGUAUCCUAUAGUAGAUGGAAAACUCUCCAUACAGUGCUACCUCAGCGCGUUAGACCGCUGCUAUGCUGUCUACCGCAAAAAGAUCCGUGCGCAGUGGCAGAAAGAGGGAAAUGAUAAAGAUUUUACCUUGAAUGAUUUUGGUUUCAUGAUCUUCCACUCCCCCUACUGUAAGCUGGUUCAGAAAUCUCUAGCUCGCAUGCUGCUGAAUGACUUCCUGAACGACCAGAACAGAGAUAAGAACAGUAUCUACAGUGGCCUGGAAGCCUUUGGGGACAUUAAAUUAGAAGAUACCUACUUUGACAGAGAUGUGGAAAAGGCGUUUAUGAAGGCUAGUUCUGAACUCUUUAAUCAGAAAACAAAAGCCUCUUUGCUUGUAUCGAAUCAAAAUGGAAAUAUGUACACCUCAUCCGUGUAUGGCUCCCUCGCUUCUGUUCUAGCACAGUACACACCUCAGCAGCUGGCAGGAAAGAGGAUUGGCGUGUUCUCCUACGGCUCUGGCCUGGCUGCCACCAUGUACUCCCUCAGAGUUACGCAAGAUGCCACACCAGGGUCUGCUCUUGAUAAAAUAACAGCAAGUUUAAGUGAUCUUAAAUCAAGACUUGACUCAAGAACUUGCGUGGCACCAGAUGUCUUUGCUGAAAACAUGAAGCUCAGAGAAGACACUCAUCACUUGGUCAACUAUAUCCCCCAGAGUUCAAUAGAUUCCCUCUUCGAAGGAACAUGGUACCUGGUGCGAGUGGACGAGAAGCACAGGAGGACCUAUGCCAGGCGCCCCUCUCCCAGUGACGACAGCCUGGGGGAAGGAGGAGGACUUGUGCGUUCAAGUACGGCCACUGAGCAUAUCCCAAGUCCUGCUAAGAAAGUGCCAAGACUCCCUGCAACAGCAGCCGAACCUGAAGCAGCUGUCAUUAGUAACGGGGAACAUUGAGAUACUUGUGUGACGUGGAAGACUUCGGUGUGGGUUCGGGGGGGGGGGGUAUGUCUGGGAAUGGGAUGUCUGUGUCUGGGGACAGUUUUAAAGGAUUACAUGUUACGUAACUUUUUAUGUGACUGACAUGGAGCCUGGAAAACUAUUGUGUUCUUGGAAAAGUCUCUUUGCUCAAUUCGCUAACAUGCUUCCUGUCGUGGUCUAGCCAAUGCUUAAUGUACCGGAAUGAUGUUUAAGGGCUCUGUAAACUUCAUACCUCUCUGGCCAUUUGUAUGCAUGAAACUUAGUUUUUAAAUGUGGUAUGACGAAUUGUGUGCUUUGGGCGAAGAAAGCAGAGGUACUAGUCUCCGAUUUUAAUUUUUUUAAACAUGUGAGAAUUUUCUACUUUGAACAAACAAGCUUACUGAAAGUACCUGUGGUUUUUGAAAAAAGUUUCUAGUUUAGGGCAUAUGGUCUUAAAAUGUGAUAUGCACAAACCCUGUUUAAAAAUGGCAAGACAAAUAUGCUCUUUUUCUAUUUCUAUAAUUUCUAAAUCCUGAGGAGGGAGAGGAACUGGGAUGAUAGCACUAGUUCUGGAAACUGGAAUGUUGCUUUAAAUCCAGGCCAGCAGUAACGAGUUAUUGUAAUGACCCCUGUGAACAGAGAUGCUAGCGUUGAGUGGCCGUCUGGUAUAGACUGCGUGCUGCACUUGGGAGCUAUGGGUGCAGCUCUGGGUCUGCUUCUGGAUCAUUGGCUCAAGGUGGAUUAUGCUCAACAACACGGAGAUGUCGGUGGAGCUGUGCAUGAGGAAGUGUUGGGAUCCUUCCUUGCACCUUGUUUUGAAGAAUAAAUAAACUGCUUUCUGGCUGCCUUUUCAAUUUUUAAAACAAAAUGGAAGGAUGAGGCCGGGCGUUGUUAGGUUACUUCUUGAUGCUUCAGUGUUAUAAAUUCAACUCAAAGACUGACAGCCUAAAUUCAUGGUGUAAGUAUUCCUUUUUUUUCUUUUUUUUUUUUUCCUUUUUUGGGUAUCUUUUCAAUGAAAAUAAAAAACUGCAACCCAUGUUUUAUAUAGUAUGACCAGCCAAAAAGAGUAUUCCAUUUCAAGUUCUGGAAGUAGGAUUUAUAAAGCAUUUUUUUAGACUUUCACCUUAAAAAACCAACAAAAAACUGUCACAUAGGAUGAAUACGAAGACUGGUUAGAUCGUUUUAUAGAUCCUCUUGGUGCUGAACUAUGACAUGAGCCUUAUAGACUGUAACAUAGAGAUAGUUGGAACUAAUGUACAGAACUCAAUUUUUUAAACUUUAUUUGCUGUUAAAUUCUGUGAAGUUUCAGUUAUCUCAGACAAACUUACACAAAUAUGAACUGUAAUGUUUCAGAUUGUAAGGUAAUAUGUAAUGUAGUGUUUGUAAAAUACUCUAAUAUUAACUAGUGGUAUUUUGAUUUGUACAGUCAUAAUUUGUUAAAAUGACUUCAUUUUAACAUCCACUGAUGUAGAUUAAUAAUGUAAGUUCACAUUUAAAGAUUAAUGGGAAAAUGAUGCAUGUAAUACUUUCACAAGUAUUGGGAGUUUGGUAUGUUUUGAAAAGAGUAAUUUAACUUUUGGGUGUCAGGAAAUGGGUUUCUCAAAGUCCAUUGCCGGCAAUGGGCAAGCCUGGUGAUAUUGGCACAGAGCAUUAACUGUACACCUUAUUAACAGUGAGGUGAAUAACUUUGAAUAAAGUUUUAAAGAAAUA